AUGGGUGCCCUUCCACCAGCUCCUAGUCAAUGGCAAGGCGCCGAAGAUGGUAUGAAGAACUGGCUAGCCGCAAAGGCUGAAGAGGAGAAGAGGAGACAAGAGGAGGAGAAAACGCGACAAGAGGACCUCAGGGUUCAACAACGUCAAAUUGAGCAGUCUAUGCUUCGGGAGUCGCUUCAAGGCGGUGUGCCGCCACACCUAAUUCCUAUGAUCUUCGCAGGUAUGGCAGGAGGGAGUCUUGCGAGCAUCAGUGCCGACUUACUUCGGGAACACCAGCUCGACCUUCAAGCUGCGCAGCGGCAGGCGCAGGCGCAAGCACAAUCUCAACUGUCCCCAGAGCUUCGUCGGGAAACGAGGUUAAUCGGCCAGGCACCAUCUGGAGCUUAUGGAGUACAGUCGCAGACUCCACAGACCGUAUUGCCACCUACCGCAGUUCUACCGGGCCAGCCUCUACCGUCACAACCGCAGCAUGCGGCGUUCUCUCAAUCCCCGUACGCUGCAGGAAGCAUGUCUCCUCGAGCGAGAGCUGCCCAACCACCUCAUGUCGGUGCACCCACCUCCGCUCCCCGCCCUCCUCCACAAUCGCAGCUACCCAGGCUGACUACGAAUGAGCUUCAUAUUCAACAGCCACCAGCAGCACCUUCCAACGUACAACAACUCCAACAAAAUCAGACAACUCAGCAAGAGCAGCAGUCUUCCCCAUCAAUCUACUUCCACCACUGGGUCCCGCCCAAUUCGCAACAGGAGAAGCCAUCGAGUGGAAACCCACCUGCAACCCCUUCAGGUAAAUACAAAGCCUCGCCCAGCUCCCUUUCCCGUCAACGUGCCACCUCUCAUGCGUCUGACCCAGAUUACACCAGCUCCCCCAAGAAGCGUAAAGCGCAAGGCGGACACACCGCUCCACCCCCUCCAUCAACGGCGCCUCAAUCCUACACAUCGCCGGCGUUCUCGCACGUAUCAACAUCUUCCACAUCAACGCCAGGACGACGGGGGCACACCAGAGCCCGUUCUGAUGCAUCUACACGGGGGGCAGAAGGGCGCGGCGGUCCUUUGAGCCGUCGCGGGACUGUCUCGACACAUGCGCAUGCAGAAGCAGGUGCACAGCACAAUGAACCAACCGAAUUUCGAUUCCAGCCGCCAUUGCGUGGGCCCGAGGAGCACCAACAACGAGAGUCGGCAUAUAACACAACUCCGUUACGAACCGAAGGUGGCGGAAAUGGACAGCAUUCGCAAUCCACAUCAUCUGUGUCAUAUCAAGCUGAAACGCGGCAAGCCGGGCCACAACACCAACUAGAUCGGGGGUUCGCGUCGUCACCGAAACGGGAACCCGGAGGACAGUAG